GAACUAUAAACCGGGACUUGCGGCAAGUGAUCGCAGAAAGCGUGAUGCUAAGUUACCUUCCUCAGCGAAAGGGUACCUUCAUGACCAGAUGUUGUUAUCUAUCGGAUCGGUUGGAUAAUAUUGCCAGGCUCCAGAGCAAACUACAGUCGAAUGUGAGCCAGUUGGGAGAGGUUUUUGGGUUUCAGGGGAUGACGGUUUACAGUGAAUACUACAUAACUUCGGUGGUCACCUCGUACCUGACCUACAGUCUCUUUAAGUACGGACCCGAAAGCCUAAAUUUGACACUUAAAACAGUCAUCCUGGCCUGCAGUUGGACCUUCUUCUACUUUCUAGACGGCGUGCUCAAUUUGUUCAUAAUAUUUUUUGUGUUGGCUGAUCACAAAGAGAUGGGCCGUCAUUUGGAGGAAAGAACAUUGUUUGCAUCCCGCUUGGAUGUUCGCCUAGAGGAAUCUUUUGAGAGUCUCCAACUUCAACUUGCAAGGAACCCGUUUGAAAUCAACGUCAUGAAAUUAUUCCCAGUAAAUCGCAGCGCCACCGCUGCCAUGUGUGGAUCCAUUAUUUCGCACUCCAUAUUCCUCAUUCAGUGUGACAUGGAAUAUUUUAAGACUCCUCUCUAG